GCCAAACCAAAGGGACAAUCAUCCAGUUCUUGUGCCAUUGUUCCCUUCGUUGCACACCUUUUGCACCUUCCCAAUCCAUCCCCCAUCUCAUGAUGGAGCCUGUCCGCGCCCGCAAACGACCCACUCCGGGCCCGAUGACGGAGUCGCGGGUCCGGCCAGCCGAUAGCGAAGCCUCCGACGACAAUCGAAAACGCAUCGACUUCACGGACCUACCCGCAGAAAUCCAUCUCCUCAUCUCAAAGCAGCUCAUCUAUCCGGAUGCGCUUUCGUUGAAGCACACAAGCAGCUACUUCUACUACCUCGUCGAUACCGGCGUGCGACUCAAGGUCGAGUGGCUCAUGGAGCGGCGCAUGCUGCAUCUCGAGUGUCCCAACGACAAACGAUGUGACCUCGGCAGCGACCUUCGCUUCUGCAGGGGCAGCGUGCCGCUCCUGAUGCAGAGACGGCGAGAACACAUAGAGUGCGAGUCGAGGCCUGGCCUGGGAUGUUUGGUCUACGGCACUCCAGUGUGCUCUCAUCGCCGGAAGAUUAGUGCGAGAUGUCAGCGCUGGCUGAGGCGCAGGCUGACGGUCGAGUUGUGGUGGGUCUUGAUUGCCUUGAUCCCGGUUGCGCUGUGCUGGCUAUGGAUGGGCGAGGUCAUCAUGCUGGUAUCCAAGAGCGUAGGGGAGUCAACAAAAGCCAACACGAGAUGGUUGGUGCAGUGAGACCUCAAGCGGUCCUGUCUGAGAUUGUUUACGAAGCGUGUAUCUCUCACCUACUUUGACACAAGUUUAUCGAGGUAUCGCGGCAGGUGCGGAUGCAUUUCCGAAGGGAAAGUAUGUUUGCCUCAAUUUUCAACCCAUGUUUCUCAUCUUCAACCCAAGGAUAGUUUUGUAUUCGCGCUUGUGGCUCCCACUUUCCGCAUGGAAAGAUGCAGGCGACAGCAAGGAGAACAUGAUGAAGUUGCCAUUGAAAUGUUUCAGUAUCCAUAUAUUUGUAUCC